GAGAAUAAUUCAUGUUACCAUUGUUACAUGUGAAAUGUGUUGUUUCUGUUUUUGUUACCAAGUUCAUCUGUGUCGAGUAAGGUGCUUUCUUCUGUGUGACCACCAAUGCAACAUAUGAGAUUCCCGACCGGUGGCUACUACUCAGAAGCAGUUGUUCCAGCCUGUAAGGAACACACAGCAGCAGUCAGAAUCAGAUGGUAGCAAGAGGACAAGAUUGGCCGGGUUUAUGCGGGAAGCUUUGCCUCCUGAGUCUGGGUUUUUCACAGCUUUGGAAGUGCAGCCCCAUCCGGAGGAGGAGGAGGCGACACCUGGACAACAUCUAACUCCCCAGUCCCUAGCUAUGGAUGUUUUGGCUAGGCCUUAUAGUUAUGAUACACGUGCAGAGUUUGUCAGCUCACUUAUUGUAAGUAAAGAGCAAGUAGCUGCCUUGGAAAAGGCUACCAGGGCCCAGAGUAACUCCCCCAUCUGGAGUAUGGCACGGCAAGGCAGGAUCACUGCAUCUAAUUUCUAUAAGAUAUACACAAGAGUGCAAACUAUCAAAAGUAAUCCUGAAGAAUCCACUGAUAGCCUCUUGGGGACCAUUAUGGGGUACAAACGUGUAAGUGAGAAUGUACGAGCCCUGAAGUAUGGCAGGACUAUGGAGGAGGAAGCAAAGGCUGCAUUAUUCCAGCAGUUUUCUCAGGAACAUGAAGAUGCACGGUGUGAACAGAAAGGCCUUGUGAUCUCAGAGCACAAGGCCUAUCUGGGUGCCUCACCUGAUGCCCUGUUUACCUGCAAGUGCCAUGGUCAGCAAGUUGUAGAGAUAAAGUGUCCCAUAAGAUGCAAAGAUGCUGUGCCAAGCAUAAGUAACGUGGAUUAUCUGUAUGAAAGUUCUACUGGAGGUGUGCAGCUUAAACAAAAGAAUGCAUACUAUGCACAGUGCCAAGGACAGAUGGCACUUACAGGUUGCAGGGCAUGCAUCUUUUACGUCUACAGCAAACAUGGUAGUAUAAGUAUCAACAUUGCCUUUGAUAGUCAGUAUUGGGAGGACAUGUGUGCUGCGCUUGAUUUUUUCUUUGUAGAUCAUGUUGCUCCUGAGUUACUUACAGGAAAGCUGAAACAAAAGAUUGAGUCAGGUGACCAAGGUAGCGGUCAAUCAGUUGGCACUGACCAGGCUAGUUGUAGUACCAGUACGUCUAGUAGCAGUCAAACAGCAUCAAACACACCAUCCCGGAAUCACAGCAGCCAGGCAGCAUCACCACAGGGCCCAGCCAUGUGCCCUGUCUGUGCAAGUCUAUGUAUUGAAGAUGUCAGAAAGUUUGGUGAUGGCAGUGUUGGCUGUGACUCAUGUGGAAAAUGGUAUCAUUUCAGAUGUAUUGGUCUCAAGACCUCAAGACAGGUGAAAAAGCUCCCUGAUUGCUGGCAGUGUUCUACUUGUAGAGGAAAAGUAUAGUAUCAUACUACUACUGUCAGCCAGUACAAAUUCAUAUUGUAAACAUGUGUUUCAAGUCUUUUGAAGCAAAUAUGUAAAUAGAACUUUCUACAGAACGAUUUCAUUGUAAACAUGUAAAUAGGUGUUCAUGUACUCAAAGCAAAUAUGUUCAUAGAAUUCUCUGGAGAACAAUGUAUAUGUAAAUAUGUAUAUAUGUUUUCUUAAAACUAUAAUAAAAGUACAUUUGUAAUCUGUAAAUAAAACUACAGCUUCAUGGAGAACGAUGUCUGUGUAAACAAGUUAAAGGGUGGUUUCAUAAAUACAAGCAUGCAAAUACUAGAACUUGAUGGAGAACAUGUUACUAUUUGCUUACGUAAAAUAAUAGAAAGAUAGACAGCUCGUCGUUUAUCUAACAGCAUCCAACCUAUUCAACAAAGUCACAAAAUGGUCAAUUCGCAUCAACGAAAUUCUUUGAUAGCACCAAGAAGUUUUUACACAUCACAUGUUAGCAGA